UGAUGCACCGGUGUAAGUUGAAGUUCAAAGUUCAGACGCUACAGUGGAAACAGGCUGCUCGCUGGCUGCCCGCUUGUGUGUCAACACCGGGGAAUAAACUCACUUGCCGGGCCAGAGGACACAGCAAUCGGCGGCCACCGCACCGAAGCCCCGCAGAGGAGCCCGGACAUGCCCCCCCGCUGACCGGCGGCCGCUCUCGCUCUGUUGUCGGCGGACCGACACAACGACGGGCUAGCUAGCUGGGUGCUAACGCUAGCACGCUAGCUUGCCAGGACGAGCACAUAGCAACUGCUGCCCGCUAACGUCACCGCCGCCGGACCGGGUCGGUGUUCGCCGCCGCUAUGUUCGUCCAGGAGGAGAAGAUAUUCGCCGGGAAGGUGCUGAAAAUACACAUCUGCACCAUGGACGGCACGGAGUGGCUGGAGGAGGUGACGGAGGACACCACCGUGGACAAACUGAAGGAGAAGUGCUUGAAACAUUAUGUACAUGGAAGUCUAGAAGACCCCAAAACACUUACCCACCACAAACUUAUUCAUGCUGCUACAGAGAGAGUUCUCACAGACACAAAAACAGUCGCUGAUGAAAAUCUCAAAGAUAAAGACGUUUUGCUGCUCAUAAAGAAAAGACCACCACCGACUGCUCCAAAGAUGGCAGAAGUUAGUUCAGAUGAAAAGAAGAAACAAGAUAACAAAGCUCCAGACAAAGAUGCUAUUCUUAAAGCCACCGGCAACCUCUCCAUACGCCACACUGACCGCACUGUUACCCAGCACAAUAUCAGAGAUUUUCAGACAGAGCUCAGAAAAAUCUUGGUUUCUCUUAUUGAAGUUGCCCAGAAGCUUCUUGCCUUGAACCCUGAUGCUGUUGAACUCUUCAAAAAGGCCAAUGCGAUGUUGGAUGAAGAUGAAGAGGAUCGCGUGGAUGAAACGGCACUUCAGCAGCUCACAGAGAUGGGCUUCCCUGAGAGCAGGGCCAUCAAAGCUCUCAGACUAAAUCACAUGUCAGUGACCCAGGCCAUGGAGUGGCUUAUUGAACAUGUGGACGACCCCUCUGUAGACACGCCUCUACCAGGCCACGACUCUUCUGGAUCAGCAGGAGCCUCGGCAGCUGCCACACCAGGCCCUUCUGCCUCUGCCUCCGCCUCUGCCUCAGCCUCUGCCUCUGCCUCCGCCUCCGCCUCUGCCUCUGCCUCUGCCUCUGCCUCAGCCUCUGCCUCUGCUUCCGCUUCCGCCUCAGCCUCUGGUCCCAACCUUCUCCGCAGCCUCUCCAGCCAGUCGAGCACAGAGGAGAGUGGCAGGCAGGAUGAGCUCACUGAGAUCUUCAAGAGGAUCCGCAGGAAACGGGAGUUCAGACCGGACUCAAGAGCUGUCAUUGCAUUGAUGGAGAUGGGCUUUGAUGAGAAGGAGGUGGUUGAUGCUCUGAGAGUCAAUAACAACCAACAGGAUGCCGCGUGUGAAUGGCUACUGGGAGACAGGAAACCUUCUCCAGAAGAUCUAGACAAAGGCAUCGACACCAACAGCCCGCUGUUCCAAGCCAUCCUGGAGAAUCCAGUGGUCCAGUUGGGUCUAACCAACCCCAAGACUCUGCUAGCGUUUGAAGACAUGCUGGAGAAUCCUCUCAACAGCACCCAGUGGAUGAACGACCCUGAGACUGGUCCCGUCAUGCUCCAAAUAUCCAGAAUCUUCCAGACACUCAAUCGCACAUAGAGCCUGCUGGUGACCCCCUUGUAUGACUGUGGCAGCUUGUGUGUGUGUUUGACCAUAUUGGGAUAUAUAUGUGUGUGUGUCUGUGUGUGUGUGGAAGUGCGUGUAUCUCACUAGAGACACAUGUAUUGUUUUUGCCUUGAUAAACACAAAGCUGGAGGAGUAAGAGUAUG